GUUCUGGUUUAAAGACACAGUGAACCCUUUAACUCUUAAAAAGUUUUGUCAUCUCAAAUGACGGAUCAUGUGACACCGAAGCGUUGUAAGCAUUUUUCUCUCAGUUUGUGCCUCACUCAGCUCUGAUUCUUCGCAGUGGACAGUCAGUGAGCCAGGAUGCUGCUUUUAGUAACUAUUACAUUACUGUUGGCUUCUGCCUCCAGCAGACCAUGUGAUACCCAAGGAUCCAACCCAGAGCUGUUUCUGUCACUUAACAAGAAUCUUCUUCGCUCUCUGGAAAGUCAGGAAGGACUUCCCAAUCCCAGCAUCCACCUGGCUCUUCGUCUUUCUCCUCACCAUAAUCAAGCCAAGGAGACAGAUCACCUCAAUAGACUGAAAAAUGAACUGCAUGAUAACAUUCAAACCUCCCUCACAAACAGCCAGGCUGUGAGUGGCCUUAUGGCACUGUAUGCUCUGGCUCUGAAGUCCUCCUGUUAUGACCUCAACACCAUCACCUUCAUCAUAAAUGACAAGAGCGAGACACUGCUGACACACCUAAAGAGGCAGAUGGAGCAGGAGAAAGAUCACAUCGCUUUCAGCCAUCGCCCUUUGACCAACUAUUACCAGUACAGCCUUGGUGUGCUCGCUCUCUGUGUGAGCGGCAUACGGGUCAACAACCAUGUCAGCCACAAGCUCAUCAAAGCAGCUGAGAACGAACAGUUCAAACAUGGAGAAACACAAAGUGUUGAUACCUAUGCUAUGGCUGGAAUGGCCCUCCAGUGUGUGAAGGAUUCUGGGUCAUAUGCGCACAAUGCAGCAGAGCUGGACACAGCUCUUAGCCAGAUCAAGCAGAAGAUACUGGCCUCUCGUAGAGCCGAUGGUCAUAUUGGGAAUGAGUUCAGCACGGGUCUUGCAGUCCAGGCUUUACUGGCCAUGGGCAGUGAGGUUGGAGAGUGUGCUGCCUCAAUGAACGCCAUGAGAACAGCUGCCAGAAGCAACACAUACCACAACCCCAUGGCCAUUUCUCAGACUCUGCCAGCUCUCCAGAGAAAAUCCUAUUUGUCCGUAAAAACUCUGGACUGCCUUAAUGAGGAUGACACAUUGGUGCUGGAGCCUGUAGAUCCUGUGGUGGUUUUAACAAGCGACACCAAAGUGAUGGUGACUGUGGAAGUAGUGACAGCCAGUGGAGCAGCAGCUGCGUACUCUGUUGACGUGCCAAAGGGCAGCUCCCUGCUGGAGGCCCUGGAGCUGCUUGAGAGGAGGGAUGUGGGCUUCACAUUCCAGAAGGAAUCCAGUCAGUGGGGACCUUUCUUAAGUGCAAUAAAUGGAGAGCAGGCGAGGCAAAGCGACCGCAGAUACUGGCUCCUUUCUUCUGAUGGCACAGCUCUCACUCAAGGUGUUGGUGAUUUCAAGAUUGACUUUGCGCAAAAGAUCACCAUCAAAAACACAAGUUAUUGAUGAUGCAGCUCUAACCACUGCAAUAUAGAAAUUCCUUACUUCCAAAUGUUUUCUAUUACUACUUCAAUCUGGGAAUAGAGAUAAAUCGUCUGCUACUAUUUUGUUAUUGUUCAUUAAUUAAUAGAAUACUAUUAUAAUUUUCUACUACUUUAAUGGCUUUGCUCUAAAUAUUUUUUAUUUCAUUACCAUAAAAUGCAAAUGUUGUGUUUAGUUAGUAUUCACAAUUUUGUCAAAUAUGGCAUAAAUGAACUUUAAAUCAUGGCUGAGUGUGUUUGUGUUCUCUUUAAGCAAAAAUAAAGUUGAUGCAUGUU